UGGGGGAGGAAAGGGCUCCGAUAACGCAGCGUUGUUGAUUUGAAGACUCGAUUAAUGGGGUUGACGUGGAGCCUAUCUUCUCCGGCUACGAACACGCCUUCAACAAGAGUUCAGAGCCAAGGCAGAGAGCCGAAGCGGCAAAAUAUUAGAGGGUUCAAUGUAGACCAUCUUCUCCGGCGACAUCGGCGGAUUCGACGAUCUCCAAACAAAAGUCAAAAAGUUCAUCUUCUCCGGCGACGGUCACUGAAUUCGGUAGACAAAUCAUUUCGGUUUGAUUAAAUUCAUAAUCCCACGUGAAUGUAUUAGCUUUCACGGAACUUUUUCAUUUGAUUGGACUAAGAAGGAGUGAAAGCAGCGGAAGGGAGUACUCAAAGCAGGAAUUCUGAAUUCUAAAAUCUGAACAGAGAAGGCAAAACAAAGGCCAUAAAACUAGAACAACUUUAACAGCAGUCUUGUUGUUUCCCGGAUUCCGCUUGCAACUGAAUUGAGAUCGGGAGGACAGGAAAGAGAUGAACGCCAGUAUGGGAUUACACUCCCUGACCUUCAGAGUGAUGCGGCUCUGCAGGCCAUCAUUCCAGGUGGACGAUCCCCUCCGCUUCGACUCGCUCGACCUCCUUACCGGAGAAGAUAUCUUUGACGACCCCGCCACCGUGUCUCAGGCUCAGCUCCCUCGCCUCUUCCAUCGUUGCAACACCAACACCACCAAACCUGGGGAAGUGGAUACCUAUCGCAACCGCUAUGUUCUCCAGAAUCCCACCGACGCGAUGGGCCUCCCGGGCUUCCUCGUCCUCCCCCAAGCCUUUGGAGCAAUUUACCUUGGGGAGACCUUCUGCAGCUAUAUCAGCAUCAACAACAGUUCUAAUGUCGAAGUCAAGGACGUUAUAAUCAAGGUUGAAAUUCAAACAGAGAGGCAGCGUAUAAUGUUAUUGGAUACUUCAAAAUCACCUGUUGCAUCAAUACAUUCAGGGGGGCGGUAUGAUUUCAUUAUGGAACAUGAUGUCAAGGAGCUUGGGACCCACACGCUGGUUUGUACUGCUUUGUACACUGAUGGGGAUGGUGAUUGCAAAUAUCUUCCACAAUCUUUUAAGUUCAUUGUGGCAAGCCCGCUUUCUGUCAGAACAAAGGUUCGCACUGUCAAGGACAUUACAUUUUUGGAGGCUUGCAUUGAAAACCAUACAAAAUCGAACCUUUACAUGGAGCAAGUUGAUUUUGUGCCAGCUCAGAACUGGAGUACAACAACAUUGAAAGCUGAUGAACACUAUUCAGAGAUCAAUUGUCAAACCAGAGAGAUAUUUAAGCCACCCAUUCUCAUUAGAUCUGGGGGAGGAAUUCACAAUUAUCUCUAUCAGUUGAGGUUGUCCUCACAUGAAUCCACACAAAUGAAAGUUGAGGGAAGUAAUGUCCUUGGUAAGUUUCAGAUUACAUGGCAUACUAAUUUGGGUGAACCUGGGCGGCUGCAGACACAACCGAUUUUUGGCAGUCCCAUAUCACACAAAGAGAUCAAAUUGAAGAUUGUGGAGGUUCCAUCCAUAACCAUCUCAGGAAGACCCUUUUUGAUACGUUUGAAUCUCACAAACCAGACAGAUAGGAAAAUGGGACCUUUUGAAGUUUGGAUGUCUAAAGGCAAUUUCCAUGAGCAGAAAGCUAUUACUGUUAAUGGUCUUCACAAAAUGGUGCUACCACAUGUGGAGGCAUUUGAAUCAACAGAUUUCAAUUUGAACUUGGUUGCUAGUAGACUUGGGGUUCAGAAAAUCACAGGAAUUACAAUGUUUGACAUAAAAGAGAAGAAAAUAUAUGAUCCUUUGCCAGAUCUGGAGAUAUUUGUUGAUGCAGAUUGAUUUGUUGAAAUUCUUGGUUCUCAGCUUGGAAGUAUUGGUCUGUAGAGGCCAUGAUUCUCCUUAUCAGGGAUUGAUAUUUGUCUUGUUUAUUUUCUGGGAGAUCUACUACAGAAUUGAUUCCUUCUCGUUGCAGGAAGUAGUGCUUUAUGCUCAGAUAUGCAUCACCCUCUUUGCAAGUGGUUCUUCCAUGGAUCACAAGAUCCCCAGGACUCUGAUCUGUAGAAGGACCUGAACUUUUUGGAAGUUAACAGUUCAAUUUUUCAUUCCUGAAAUUGUUUUGGGUCAUCCACUGUGUCUGAAAGCACUCAUAAUUUCCUUGUAGUACUUCAGAAAUCUUUACAAUGAAACCAUGUCAACUAAGAUUUCUUAAAUUUCAUCUACAAAAGCUGUUUCUCUGGUGUUGCUGUAUUAACUAUGAACGUGCUAUGCACCUAAUAACCAUUUUCAUGUUAA